AUGCCUUCCAUCCAGAACCUCAUCUCCCGCAACAACUCCCCCGUUGUCCGCCGCAGCGAUUCCCACAUCGUUGUCCGCCGCGGCGACGACGACGGCGGCGACAUGCUCAACCUCAUGAUCGUCGUCCUCGCCCUCAUCUUCUUCGCCCUCCUCCUCAUCUCCACACUCUUCCUCAUGCGCCGUAUGCGCAGGCAACAAAGGAUGCAGGAGCAGAUGCUUCCUACCUACCAGGAGGUCAAGAGCGUCAGAAACCACCACAACCUUACCAUUCAGACAAGCCAGGACGGCCGCUCAAGCGUCCUGUACAUCGGCGGAGAGAACGGUCGCUCCCCCAUGCUCCAGAACCCCGCGUCCGCCCCUCACUCCCCCGACAACGUUCCCGAGAUCCACAUCACCUUCCCCGAUGAGCAGGACGAGGGUGGCCGUCGCAAGAGCGGCCGCGUGUUGGUCGUCCGUGUCGGUGACGGCGGCUCCGUCGGCCUCGAGCCCGUCCGCGAGGAGCUCCCUGCCUACGAGAAGGACAGCAAGUCGCAAUUCUACUCCGUCGACAUGGACUCGAUCGGCGGUCUCCGCGAGAAGGAGCGUUUCAACUAA